GCAUGUGUGAAAAGAGUACCGAAAAUAUGCCCAGCGGAGACACCGAAAAGGCGGACGAGUUAAAUGAAAAGCUUGAUGCUUUUGCCAGAGAUUUGAAGCAGGGGUCAAUAGAGGGAUCUUAUAAUGUAGCAUACAGAACAGUUUCUUUGCUGCGCAUAGUGAUAGCCCAGUCCAAAUGCACCUCAGCAAAAGAUGUCAUGGCAAAUGUGAUAAAGGAAGGAAAGAGGUUGAUGGCUGCUCAGCUUACGGAGACAGCUGUAGGAAAUAUGGUGAGAAGAGUGCUCAAAAUUAUCAGAGAGGAAUAUGCAAGUGCACUACGAGGAAAAUCAGAGGAGGGCGAUCCCAAAGAAUCUCUACAUAAAAUGCUGUUGGCUGGGGGUGAGAUUGAUGACUUCAGUCAACCUGUACCAAACCUCAAGGCCUCAGUUUUAGAUGCAAUAAGUGAACUAAUAAUAGAACUGGAGAUCAGAACAGCAGGAAAAUCAAGAACAGUGGAAGCAUUCUUAAAGAAAGCAGCAAAGAAAAGAAAGUUUCAAGUAAUUGUGGUUGAAUGUGCUCCAUUUUUCCAUGGUCAGAAACUAGCUGUGAGUCUGGCCCGAGCUAACAUAGAGACCACUGUUAUUAAUGAUUCUGCUGUCUUUGCUAUUAUGUCCAGAGUAAAUAAGGUUAUUAUAGGAACUCACACAGUGAUGGCAAAUGGAGGAUUAAAAGCCGUAAAUGGAUCUCAUGCUAUAGCCCUAGCUGCCAAGCACUAUUCAGUACCUCUUUUGGUUUGUGCAGCCAUGUUUAAAUUAUCACCACAGUAUUUGUGUUCAUAUGACCAGGAUGCUUUUAACAAGUUUGUGAGUCCUAAGGAUGUGAUGAAUUUUGAGGAGGGGGAGAUAGCAUCUAAAGUCCAGAUAGACAACCCUGUGUUUGAUUAUGUUCCACCAGAACUUGUCACACUUUAUGUAUCUAACAUUGGUGGAAAUGCCCCAUCUUAUGUGUACAGACUUUUAAGUGAAUUUUAUCACCCAGAUGACCAUGAACUUUGAUCCCCUGGCAUCGGUGUUACUGCUGGUGAAAGAGAUAAAGUUUUCCAGAUGCUGAUUCAAACAAAGCAGUCUGUAUUUUAGUCAACUUUUUUUGGUUUCAUCAGAAAGGAAAUAGCUAAAAUAAACUUCAUAAAAAAAGUUUAGAAUAUUGACCAUUCAUAGCAGAAUGUGCUUUCUCUGACCUCUAUUGUGUUGUUGAACUUUGGUGCAUUUUUGCAAGAAAAAAACAACUCUUCCAAUCUAUUCUGAAAAAUAAAAUAAGGUCUCUUUUCACAAGUUUUAGAUUUGUGAAAAUAAUAAUGCUUCUGAUUAUUAUUGUUUAGUAUUUGUUAUUUUUAUUGAAAAAUGUUAUGUAUUUACAUAUUCAAAUAACAAAAUAAAGCAAACACCAGAAAUAAUGUGUAAAUUAU